GAGAAAACGGAUUGCCCGGUUGUAUUUAAAGUACGGUGCUCGUGCUCUCAUGAUAGGGGUAAUUUCUCGGUUCGACUUUGCCGGCACGAUCUUUCGCGGCAAGAAGAAUGGGAAAAUGUCUAUUUUAGGUUUCAAUUAUAAUCGUGAAACUCUCAUAUAUGGUUAAACAGACAGUUUUGAGUGACGGGAUGAUCUUUGGAAAAUACGUUGCGUUCGACGAUAGGAUUUAUCGAUAAUCGGAUAGAUUUGCAGUGGAAGGAUGAAGUUCUGAAUAAAACCAAUUAUAUGUCAUCACGCGGGGGAGAACUAGGAGGUCGAAUGGUGUGAGCGUGACUGGAAUAAAAUAUCGAUAGCAAGAAUUAAAAAGGUGCGCGGACGUUGGCACGUCUCGAGGGCGACCCCCGAUAUCCCGAUAAUAGACAGUAAAAGUAUAAUGCAUGGUGAUAAAAGAUAACUUCACCCCGAGAUAAUAGUCCUGCGAAAGGGAAUUCGAUUUUUGAGAACAUCCUGCGAUAAAACUAUAAGAUGAUCUGUGAAAUUAUUAGGAGAUCCUUAAGGGUUUCAGUGCGUUUCCCGCGUCUUUAAAAGUCGCGAGCUCAGAGAAAUUUGUGAGGAUAUUUAUUUUAAACAAACACUGCCGAUUUUUCAAACAGUUUGACGUGCUUGCGUUGAUCCUGUGAGUUUAAGUGAUACUCGAUAUUAGCAGCAAAAUUUUAAGUGCGACACCAUCGAUUAAUUUUACUGUGGGACAUCCUGUGAGUCAUCGAGAAUUAUUGAAGGAAGUGCUGUACGUUCGUGAAACUCGUGUCGUCUUUGCGUCAUUCAUCUUCUCUCUUACGCAUCUUUCAUGUCAAAAAUAGAACUCUGUGCGUCGCGAAAUUCCUUCUCGGACACGUCAAUAUUGGUGCUCGUAUAACGAAGAAUAAAUCAUAAAACGAGCAUCGAGGGAAGCUGCGAUCAUCACUCGGCAUGAAGGACAUGCAUUGGCUCGUUUGCACCUGCAUCCUCACGGCGACGACGGUGCUUUCUUGCCGGCAGAGCGAAUUUCAGUGCGCCAACGGGCACUGCGUCGCCCUCAACAAAGUUUGUAACGUUGUGGACGACUGUGGUGAUGGGAGCGACGAGACGCGUCCAUGCUCGCCUUGCAAUAAAACGUACUAUGGCGAUGUGGGGAAGACGUACGAUCUGGAAUUGCAUCGACCGAAGGAAGAUAAGGUGCCUUACAUUUGCAAGCUCACCUUCAACGCGCCAGGUGACGAUUUCGGUGAUAUCGUGCAGUUGACCUUCGAUAGCUUUACUCUAGGCAAAUUCGUAUCGUUCACCGCGGCAGGAUGUCCCGACGGGUCCCUACAAAUCUCAGAAGUGGAGCGUCCCGACGUCGGCGGACUUUGGUGUGGCACGUCCUGGGGACCCGCAAUCUACUACAGCGAAACACCCAGCGUCUCGAUCAUCCUCAAGUUGCUCAGGCUCAGCAAAGAUCAGACGGGAUUCAACUUCGACUUUAGAAUGGCGUACAAGAUGAUCAAGAAGUCCGACGCGGUGGUACGCUACGGAAAUCCCUUCGUCGGAAUAACGCAGGUCGUCGGAACGCCGGCGUCGACCGAGCGCACGUCCGCCGAGUACGCGAACACGUCGAUGGCGAUGCCGGUGCAAAUGGUCGAGCAACACGUGCCAUCACCUACGAAACCAAGCUCCGAGCAGUUCUUAGGGGACCUAAUAUCCGGGACUUAUUGCUCCCGUAUAUUCACCGACUGCGACCGGAAGAAGUGCAGAUUGCAGUCGCCUAACUUCCCCGGUCUCUAUCCUCGCAAUCUCACCUGUUAUUACGCGGUGAGACAGCACGAGGUACCGGCGGGCAAGCAUGCUUUAAUACACGUAAAACAGCCCCGAGGCCAAUUGGUAGCUGUAAGAGCGCGACCAGCAACUCAAGCCGAGGCGCCACCCCGGGAACUGCGUCUCUGGCAAGAUUGCGACGUCGUUCAGGACUACGUAACAGUGUAUGACGGAUACACCACUAGGGAGCCCGUGAUCUUAAAAUUUUGUGGCGGCGGGGAGCCGGUGCCGGAGGCCAUCAGCAGCGGUCCGGAAAUCCUUGUGGAGUUUACUACCUCUCCUUAUGGCACCUUCUUACAUCCGACGCCGCCCCAUUCUCUACAUGGGUUUCAAUUAGAAGUGCAAGUCACGUUCGUAGAUGCCGAAUCGCCGACCUACGCCAAGAAUAAGCGUUGUGAAUUCUGGUUGAGGGGCACCGGUGGCGGCAUCCUGGCGUCGCCACGUCACUCACUGCCAAGAAACAGCACCUGCCUGUAUCAUCUUCGUGGAGCUGGUCCCACUUUGCCGAGUCCGACGCCGCCGCGGCCGCUACCGAAGUUUCCAGAACAAAGACCCGGUACAGUCUGGAGGAGACCAGCCCCGAGACCACCGCAGCCGCAAUUCCGCGUCUGGCUAUCUAUCCUCAAAUUCCACGUAGGCACCAGUCUGUCUAGCACCGACGAGGAUUGCUCGACGACGCUGAUGGUCUGGGAUGGCGAGAUGAUGCCGUUAUCGGAAUGCAACGAUGUUGUUUGUGAAAAAGAACGUCAACGUUACGCUGAAAGAAUGGGCGAUCCAAUUCAACCCGUUCUUGCGCGUCCCUCGAGCAAUACCACAUUGUUAGCGAGAUAUUGUAAGGACAAAGUGCCGAAGACUUGCGAUCAUGCUAUUCUACAGAACACCAGUCGUCCGUGUUCUUUGGUAGAAAGUUUCGUCUCCUCUGGCAGUAGUCUAACUAUAGAGAUGCGUAUGGUCGAGUCAACAGCGCUUAGACCUGUAAACUUUCGCGCUAUGUACGAAUUCGUCGAUCUUCACCAGGAUGGCGACCCUUACGGCAGCGGUCCGUGUUCUCGCAUUUUCUACAGUCGAACUCGAGACCAUUAUUCAGAUCGUAAAUUUCAAGGACCGCGCGACAUAUUCCUAUAUGGUCGCGGAGGAUCGAAGAACAUAAGCUGCGUGUACCGUUUCGAAGGAGAACACGACGAGGUGGUGAAGCUGAGGUUCAACAAGCUUCUCAAUGGAAAUCGCACCUGCCGCAGCGUUGGUAACUCUGAUUUCAAUAGGCUGCUCUGCGUUGACUCUGAGAACUUCUCGGUUAAGGUGCUUGAUUUACCCUGGCCAAAUGCGCCGCCUAUCCAGCGAGAUUGUCUCUGUUCGAAUCGAUCGUUACCCAUCAAUAUCAAAUCUACCUCUAAUAUUGCCGAGGUACAUUUCAAUGUUCUAUCUAUGGACGCCUUGGAUGAUUACAAUAAUCUCUUCUUCGAGGGCACCUGGGACUUCGUCAAGACGAUGCCUUGCAUGCAGAAACGUAGAGUUAGGGGGCCGUCUGGUGAAAUUAAAUACACACCACCAAUCGACGAUGACGAGAAAAAUUGCGAGAACCAGCCGUGGCUAAUUGAUCCUGGUCCGGGUCAGUAUUUAUACGUGAAAAUGGACGGAGUAAUUGUAUCGAAUAAUACGAAGUGCGCGACCAAGAAUCGCAUCAUCGUGUACACAGGUGGAGCGAUACACGUAUCGGUAUGCCCGAAACCACCUGCUGACUCGAGUCAUCAUGUGGUAGAGGUGUUUAGCGACGGUUGGGCUGUCAGCAGCAACGCGAUGAUCCUCGCACCGGGACAGGAUCCAAUCAGGACUAUCGCCGUGGAAUUCAUCAUAAAAGAACCAGCUUCCUACAUUGUGACGUGGCUCGAGCUCACUAGAAGACCGUCGGUGACGUCAACGGCAGGUCUACAAAUGUCGCGGGAUUGUGAGCAACGAUGCCCGGAGCUGGACGCCUGCAUAAACGCCUCGCUAUGGUGCGACGGAGUGUCCCAUUGUCCAUCCGGCUACGACGAGGCCCUGACGCAUUGCUCCGUGUUGCUGCAACUGCCGCCGUUGCAACUAGCUCUGGGCGCGCUCUUUGUAAUCACCGUCCUCGGUGUCAUUUGCUUCAUCGUCUGGCGGGCCUGCCGACGGCGCGGUCGCCGUUCGAUAUCCCAGCAUCGUCUGAAGAGCAUCUCCUCCGAGACGGCGAUAAUCGACGGCAAAGAAGUGAUAUGCUGACACAGCGACAGUUCUGUGCGUUACGUCGAGGUCGACCGGGUCACCACUGUGUGACGAUCGCCGUCGUCCACGUCGUCGUCGGUAUGGGUUCCGACGGUCCUCUAUAGAUCAGCGGUCAGACUCUGCUCGGCUUUAUUCUCCUGAAGAAGUCGCCGAGCCGGCCGCCACCGGAGGAUCCGCGGAACUGCCUCCACGUAACGCGCAGAACUGUCGCGUGCAAGAGAUUUGGGACGUUAGGUGGAUAAACCGGAGCUCAUCUAUGAUCAGAAAACGCGUUCGAUGCUCGAUGACUCGGGCGAGUGGGAGAACGCUUUUUUUUUGCCGAACGAACACUUUCGUUCCCGGUCGGUUGUUCUUGGGAGGUAGGUCUCUCGUUUUAAAUUCAGGGAAUAAUGACGAGUGAGUUGAUGGAGAGUCGGGCGAUCUGAUUACAGGGGACGUCGUGAAUUGUAAAGCAGCGACUGGAACGUGCUUAGGAUUAUAAGUUCGGUGAUGUCUACGUCGGAGCACAAAACAGCGCGAAGUAAAACGUGUAACGGCGGAUUAAUCCGGCGAUGUGAUGUAAUGUUUAUGACGUAUAGCUUUGGUCAGUACGUUACAACGCACGCACAGUCGUCUACAUCUAUUUUUUAAGUAAAUUUCUAACAAUAUACUGCCAGUGGAAUUUUCUCAUUUUAAAAGACUGAAUCGUUUUGUAACUUUUUAAAUAAAAAAAAAAUAAAUAAAUUUUAACGUAUCUGAGAUACUUGUUUUCGAUUGUCAAUUUUUAACAGACGCGUGAAAUCAAGACAACUUUCAGCAGACGCGCGAUCGAGUUCACUGUCGAGGCCUCGAUCCAUCUUCGCAGACAUCGAAAUAAUCACUGCCGCGAUAACCGGCGGGUUCCGGAAGUUCCCGAAUUCUGAUACUUUCGUUAUCUUCGCGUGCAAGAUCUUAUUAUUCUUGCGCGAGAAGCAUUAUUACUUCUCGAAGUACCGUUACACGUCCCAUCCCGGAUCCACGAGAAAGUUUUAAUGAUUCCCCGUCGAGCUGCCCGAAAAUCAUCUCAAAUGAGGAGAAAAAAGUUGGAGAGAGAGAGAGAGAGAGAGAAUCGCGUAAUGUAGGUCGCAGAGAAACUAAAGUGAAACUACUUUAACGAGGACAAUAAGUAAUAAAAUCCUAGUAAUAUGUCGCUAUUACGGUAGAAUGGCUUAGUGACGAUCGAACGACGCUGCGCCUUGAUUGAACUUCGACGAUUAGUGCAGCUGAAAGAUUAUGUAGUAUGGGAUUGCCAUUUUAACGCAAUGCCGAGAACGCUAUAAGGUAAACGAUGCGACGGGGAAAGCUUAGCAGAUCAAUAAUGCGUUGUUAGGGAAUUAUAGCAAGUUAUUAUAAGCCAGUUUCAUCAACAUCGCGUUGACCUCAACCGCGUUUUAACGGUUAAGUUCGAUGCACCUCUGAUUCUAUUAAAGACGAUAAUUAACAGAUGUCGAUGAAACUGGCCUAGUAUUACCUUAUCUCAUUUACAUUAACAUCACUUAGAAGAUAAAAUCGUCUUACAUAUAUAGAGCCACUUUUUUCCAAUUAACAGAUACACAAAGUAUUUAUAUUUGAUAUUACACAACAUGUCUCGCGAACGUUAUCGAGAUAACGCUCGAGUGAUCGUAGCAGAACAAAUUUUCGCAUCGAUGACGUUAAUUUUCCAAGGCGCCACGUCGGUCCGAUUGACACGUCUCGAUUAAAAACACCUCGUUCGGAAAUCCGAGACAUCGAGCGUCGCGCGCAACAUGUUAGUACUAAAAACGUUAGGUCUCCUUGAGAAUAAGAGUAGACAAGCAAUUUUAGAGCCGAGGCGAACUCCUCCUGUCUCGUCUCGUGUUCCAUACUUUUCUUUUCUUCUGGUCGCGCGUGACAUAUUCACACAACAUUGUCUGUAAAAAAUAGAUAAUUCAGAAUGGUUGACGCGCACGUUGCGUGUCAAAUCGUCGCAACGUUACUAGAUAAUAAAUCAAGAUGUCGAUCGAGAGAGGUGUUAAAUAUUUAACGCAAUGUGACGUACUAUAUUGCGGCCGUGGUGACGCAAAAAAACUUUAACGUUGCCACUUAUUGUUUACUGCCAAAAGUAGUCGAUUAUACCUCGCCGACAGCGAAUAAAAGUUUCGAAUAUUACAUUUACAUGCAUCAUAUAAAUGUAUUACAGUUACAUGUGUUCGGCAUUGUUUAUGGAAUCCGAUCAGUUUUCUAUAGAUCGUUUUAUUGCGCUAACUGUUAUUAUUUUGUUUAAAAAAUUGCGAUAAGAUACCGAACACACGAUACGGGAAUUGCAAGGAUUUCCUUUUCGUAUCAUGGCCGCAGACUUCUUUCAGACGUCUGCAUUGCGCUCAGGUUUCAUUUCGACGUGAGCAGUGCAUGAAGUUGCAACUUAAACUACGAGUGAGAUGGAUAAAGUAAUUCGUGUGAUGAAAAGGGAGAAAAUUUCGCUCACUCAAUUGACUGUAGUAAGCGAAGAAAUAAAAUCCUGAUCAAUUUUACGAGAGUUCUGAAUUAUCGAUCAGAAAUAUAUGUCCUGAUUGUGGGAAUGCAGCGUUAUCGCAACGAGCUCACGUUGAAACGCAGCCUCAGCCGACGACGAAAAGUUUCAGCUAGAGAUAUACUGACCAAGUUUCAAGCGAUAGCCGACUUUAGGCGACUUAAUUAUUCAUUUUAGCGACAUCACCUCGGAAAGGGGGUGGAUAAUAUGUAGACUUCAGUAG